ACGUGCUACGAGAUGGAGAAGUGGCUCAAGGACGAGCCCAAGCACCACCAGGUGAAGAAGGAGAAGCACAACGAGGACACCGGGACGACGUGGUCCAUCCUGGGCGUCAACACCCUGCACCUGGAUACCAUCAGCUCGGCCUCGACGGGCUGGGAGAGCGCCGUCUCGUGUCAGGUCCGGGUGGUGAAAAAGGAGCCCAAGGAGGAGUUGGAAGAGGAGGAGCUCAGCAUCGAGGACGUCGAGGAUGACGACGACGAAGACGAGGAGAUGGACGACGGCGAGGAGGUGGACGACGAGGACGAGGAUGACGACGAUGAAGACGACGUGGACGACGACGAUGAUGUAGACGACGAGGACGACUUCGACGACGACAUGAUGUACGACGACCAGCUGGAGCUGAGGCUCGUGGCGAGGACGGCGCGGGCGGGCGGCCAGGGCAUUACGCUCACGCCGCCGUCGAGCCCCGAGUCUGGCCAGGGCCACCACAGCGACAGCAGCACGGGCAGCACGUCGUCCACCUCGGUGAAGCGGGAGGGUCUCCUCAGGGUGCACCCGCCCGCGCGCCGCCACCUCACCUCGCACCUGGGCGUGUCGGCGCGGCUCAUCACCACCUACCACAACCACCACCACCAGUACCACCACAUCCACGCGUCGGGCGAGAGCUCGCCGCCGGGCCGGAUACGCGGCGCGCACCACGCCGAGUCGGCCAAGCGCCGCAUCCACAAGUGCACCUUCCCCGGCUGCAAAAAGAUCUACACCAAGAGCUCACACCUCAAGGCGCACCAAAGAACACACACGG